AGGCGAAGCGGUUCGCGGGGGGAAAGGAGGCGAGCGAGCCGUCGCUGGAAGAGAGCGGACGCGCCUGAGAGGAGCCGUCGCUUUUUCUCUUCUCCCGCCUCAGAAGCCUCGGCGCUGCCUGCUGCGUGCUGCGUGCGGCAAGGUGGCCCCCACGGCUCUGCCUGCCCCCUUCCUGCUCGGCGGGAGCUGUGGGGAGAGCGCGAGGCUCCUGCAGCCGCCCCAGUCUCUUUUCCCCCGCCUUCUCCUCGUCGCCUCCUCAGCGCCCGGAGGAAGCUGCUCGCCUCCGCCCUCCAGCCAAGCGGGGACCCGCUGCUGCUGCUGCCGGCGCCGCCGCUGCUGCCGCUUUUGCCCCCGCCGUGAUGCCAUGCCCCGCAGCCACAGCCGAGGAGACGACGAGGGCGGCUUCGCCGGCGGGCUCUGGCUGAAGAGCAGCACGGCGGGGUGUCGCGGCGGCGGGGGCAGCGGCAUGAAGGAUGUGGAGUCUGGCCGGAGCAGGGUGCUCCUGAACUCGGCGCCCUCGCGAGGGGACGGCUUGCUCCUCUUGGGCACCGGCGGCGGGCUCGGCGGCUUGCGGGAGAGCCGGCGAGGCAAGAAACGAGGAGCCCGGAUGAGCCUGCUGGGGAAGCCGCUCUCCUACAGCAGCAACCCGACCUACCGGCGGAACGCCAAGUACAGGAGGCUGCAAAACUAUCUCUACAACGUGCUCGAGAGACCCCGCGGCUGGGCGUUCAUCUACCACGCCUUCGUUUUUCUCCUUGUCUUCGGUUGCUUGAUUUUAUCAGUGUUUUCUACUAUCCCUGAACAUACCUGGCUUGCCACUAGUUGCCUCUUCAUUCUGGAGUCUGUCAUGAUUGUUGUCUUUGGUUUGGAGUUUAUCAUGCGCAUUUGGUCUGCUGGCUGCUGUUGUCGGUACCGUGGAUGGCAGGGAAGGCUGAGAUUUGCAAGGAAACCAUUCUGUGUAAUAGACAUCAUUGUUCUCAUCGCUUCAAUAGCAGUUGUUUCUGCAAAAACUCAGGGUAACAUUUUUGCAACAUCAGCACUGAGAAGUCUUCGUUUCCUACAGAUCCUUCGCAUGGUGCGCAUGGACCGAAGAGGAGGAACCUGGAAAUUGUUAGGUUCAGUGGUUUAUGCACAUAGCAAGGAAUUAAUCACCGCCUGGUACAUAGGAUUUUUAGUAUUGAUUUUUUCAUCUUUCCUCGUCUACCUGGUUGAAAAAGAUACAAAUGCUCAAUUUUCUACAUAUGCAGAUGCUCUGUGGUGGGGCACAAUCACAUUGACAACAAUUGGCUAUGGAGAUAAAACCCCUCUCACCUGGCUAGGAAGGCUGCUUUCUGCAGGGUUUGCACUGCUUGGCAUUUCUUUCUUUGCCUUGCCUGCUGGCAUUCUUGGGUCAGGAUUUGCAUUAAAAGUACAGGAACAGCAUCGUCAGAAACAUUUUGAAAAAAGAAGGAAUCCCGCUGCCAGUUUAAUUCAAUGUGUAUGGCGUAGUUAUGCGGCUGAUGAGAAAUCCGUUUCCAUUGCUACCUGGAAGCCUCAUUUGAAGGCCUUGCAUACCUGCAGCCCAACAAAGAAAGAACAAGGGGAAGCAUCUAGCAGUCAAAAACUGAGCUUUAAGGAACGGGUACGGAUGGCUAGCCCACGUGGACAGAGUAUCAAGAACAGGCAAGCUUCAGUUGGUGACAGGAGAUCACCAAGUACUGAUAUUACGGCAGAGGGCAGCCCAACAAAAGUCCAAAAGAGCUGGAGCUUCAAUGACCGAACACGCUUCCGACCUUCCCUACGUUUGAAGAGUUCACAGCCCAAGCCAGUGCCAGAUACUGAAGCCAGUAUCGCUACAGAUGAUGUAUAUGAUGAAAGAGGAUGCCAGUGUGAUGUCUCAGUAGAAGAUCUCACCCCUGCACUUAAAACAGUAAUCAGAGCUAUCAGAAUCAUGAAAUUUCAUGUUGCCAAAAGGAAAUUUAAAGAAACUUUGCGUCCCUAUGAUGUUAAAGAUGUCAUAGAACAGUAUUCGGCAGGCCACCUGGAUAUGUUGUGCAGAAUUAAAAGUCUUCAAUCAAGGGUUGACCAGAUUCUUGGAAGGGGACAAAUUGCGUCUGAUAAAAGAAGUCGAGAGAAAAAUACUGCAGAGAAUGAGGCAGCUGAUGACCUUAGCAUGCUAGGGCGCGUAGUCAAGGUGGAAAAACAGGUUCAAUCCAUAGAGUCAAAAUUAGACUCACUACUAGAUAUCUACCAACAGGUCUUGAAGAAAGGAUCUGUAUCUGCACUGACUUUGGCUUCAUUUCAAAUGCCAACUUUUGAAUGUGAUCAAACUUCUGAUUAUCAAAGCCCUGUAGAUAGUAAAGAUUUGUCUAGCUCUGCCCAGACCAGUGGAUGUGUAUCCAGAUCAGCCAGUGUCAACAUGCCAUGUGGCCUACAGCUUAUACUGACACCAAAUGAAUUUAACCCUCAAGCUUACUAUGCGUUUAGUCCAACUAUGCAUAGUCAAGCCACACAGGUGCCAAAUGAUGAACCUGCAACUCUAUCAGCUAAUAAUGCACUAAACCAAAUACACCAGACAUCUAAGCCAACAACACCUACAACGUUACAGAUACCACCUUUUUCAUCAGUAAAGCAUAACAAUAGGCUGGAGCCUAUACAUGUUAUUCCCGUGAGCACACAGGAAAAUACUUCUGAUGUCACCGCUUGCCUUGUUGCUUCAAAUGAUAAUGGACAAAUUGCACAGUCCAGUGUGACAAAGGAUCUCUCAUGGAGAAAAAGCCUUGAUACAGAAGGGGAACCCUUGGUCUCAGUGAAACCAAUAGUACAAAUGGAUAUAGGGAAAUCGCUAUCUGUUCAAAACCUUAUACAGUCAACAGCCGAAGAACUGAAUGUACAGAUUUCUGGUAGUGACACCAGUAGCUCAAGAGGUAGUCAAGAAUUAUACAGCAGAUGGAGGGAAUCAAAAUUAUUUAUAACUGAUGAAGAAUUGGAAGCAGAGAGAGAAAAUGAGACUUUCGAAGGCAUUUCCCACCCAUUAGUGGAAACGACUCUCUCUACAGACUCUCUAAGGACUGGAAUGUCAAGAUCAUCUCAAAGCAUUUGCAAGCCAGGGGAUGGUGCAGAUGCUCUCAGCCUGCCUCAUGUCAAACUUAAAUAGCAUUUUGUGGAUUUUGUUCACAUGCUGAGUAAUCCUUUCAGUCAUACAUAUCAGAGCAUGGACUAUUUUGAAAGCCCUUUUAAUGAUUUUUUAAAAAAUUAAAUUAAUCAGAAAGAAA